AUGGGAGUUGUAGACAUGUCGAAUCCUCCAUUUUCUCAUACCAAAGAUUUUCUUGCUACACCAGCUCUCUCUCUCAGUCUUGCUGGGAUUUUCCGGGGUGGCGGAGCUACGAAGGCUACAGCGGUGGAAGUGGAGGGGGGAGAUAGAGAAAGUGGUGGUUAUGGUGGCCGGAGAGAAGAAACGGUAGAAAUAAGCAGUGAGAACUCGGGCCCUGUGAAAUCGCGCUCAGAAGAUGAUUAUGAAGCAGAAGGAGAGCAUGGUGAUGAAGAAGAUGAAGACACUCAUAAAAAGAAGAAGAGAAAGAAAUAUCACAGACACACUGCUCAGCAAAUUAGAGAAAUGGAGGCCUUAUUUAAAGAGUCUCCCCAUCCAGAUGAGAAGCAAAGGCAAGAACUGAGCAAGCAGUUGGGGCUUCAUCCUAGGCAAGUCAAAUUCUGGUUUCAAAAUCGCCGAACACAAAUCAAGGCUAUACAGGAGCGCCAUGAAAAUUCUUUGUUGAAAACAGAAAUGGAAAAAAUUCGAGAGGAAAAUAAAGUUUUAAGGGAGACCAUAAAAAAGUCUUGCUGUCUUAACUGUGGAUUCUCUACCUCUAGUAAAGAUGCUACUGAAGAACAACAGCUAAGAAUUGAAAAUACCAGACUAAAAGAAGAGCUCAAAAAACUUAGAACUGCUGUUGGGAAAUGCAAUCCGAGAGCAUCACCAAAUAGUUCGUGCUCAUCUGGAAAUGAACAAGGAAUUCGAAGCCCAUUAGAUUUUUCCACUGGCAUUUUCGGGCUCGAAACCUCACGGAUAAUGGAAGCUGUAGAAAAGGCGAAGGACGAGCUCAAGAAGAUGGCUACUUCCAGCGAACCACUGUGGAUCCGCAGCUAUGAAACAGGUCGGGAAAUACUUAAUUAUGAUGCAUAUAUGAAAGAAUUCCCCACUGAAAAUUCCAGCAUCGGGCAGCCUAAAACAUGUAUUGAGGCCUCAAGAGAAACUGGAAUUAUCUUUGUAGACCUCCCAAGGUUAAUACAGAGCUUUAUGGAUGUGAAUCAAUGGAAAGAAUUGUUUCCUUGCUUGAUCUCAAAGGCAGCUACAUUGUAUGUUAUCAGCAAUGGUGAAGGUGUUAACCGAGAUGGUGCAGUUCAGUUGAUGUUUGCAGAAUUGCAAAUGCUGACUCCUGUGGUGGCUACCAGAGAAGUGUAUUUUGUCAGAUGCUGCAAACAACUAAGUGCUGAUCAGUGGGCAAUUAUCGACGUCUCGAUCGACAAAAUUGAAGAUAAUAUCGAUGCGUCUCUAGCAAAAUGCAGGAAACACCCGUCUGGUUGCAUCAUACAAGAUACGUCAAAUGGCCACUGUAAGGUGACUUGGGUCGAACACCUGGAGUGCCAAAAAACCACCGUUCAUUCCCUUUAUCGCACAAUAGUUAACAGUGGUCUGGCAUUUGGUGCAAAGCAUUGGAUUGCAACACUGCAACAGCAAUGCGAGAGACUUGUGUUCUUCAUGGCAACAAACGUUCCCAUAAAGGAUUCAAGUGGAAUUGCCACAACUGCUGGAAGGAAAAGUAUAUUAAAAUUGGCACAAAGAAUGACUUGGAGUUUUUGUCGAGCAGUUGGUGCAUCUAGCUACAAUACAUGGAGCAAGAUUCCCAGUAAAACUGGCGAUGACAUAAGAGUGGCUUCUAGGAAAAAUAUAAACGAUCCAGGAGAACCUCUUGGGGUGAUCUUGUGCGCAGUUUCGUCCGUAUGGUUGCCCAUCUCUGACCACGUCUUGUUCGACUUCUUACGAGAUGAAAACCACCGUAACGAGUGGGACAUUAUGUCAAAUGGAAGUCCAGUGCAAUGCAUUGGAAACUUGGCUAAAGGGCAGGAUAAAGGAAAUGCAGUUACUAUCCAAGCAAUGAAGACGAAAGACCAGAAUAUGUGGACACUCCAAGAUAGCUGCAAGAAUGCAUACGAAUCCAUGGUCGUCUUUGCACCUGUGGACGUAAAUGGCAUGCAAUCCGUGAUAACGGGUUGUGAUUCCAGCAACAUCGCUGUUUUAUCUUCAGGGUUUUCGAUUCUCCCUGAUGGGAUAGAAUCUCGAUCUUCGGUUAUCACUUCUAGGCCGGAGGAAAAGAGCACAGAAGGAGGAUCCUUGCUGACUAUUGCAUUUCAAAUCCUAGCUAGCAAUUCUCUAACAGCAAAGCUUUCUAUGGAAUCCAUAGAUUCAGUUAACACCCUUAUAUCAUGUACAUUGCAGAACAUAAAGAGAAUCAUGCAGUGUGAAGAAUGA